AGCCGGGGCCGGGGCCGCAGCACGGACCCGCUCCCUGCGGCCGCGGGCACCCGAGCCGGGGCAUGAACUUCCAGCCAUGAGCCGCCCCCCGGCUCCCCGCCGCAGCCCCGCCGCGCUGCCCCUGCACAUCUGAUGCUCGCCCGGCGCCCGCAGCAGCAUGGCCCGCCGGAAGAUCUCCUCGGAGUCCUUCAGCUCGCUGGGCUCGGACUACCUGGAGACCAGCCCGGAGGACGAGGGCGAAUGUCCCCUGUCCAGGCUCUGCUGGAACGGCAGCCGGAGCCCGCCCGGGCCGCAGGACCCGCUCGCCGCCGCCGCCGCCGCCAGGAGGGCUCCGCGCAGGAGACGGGUCAACCUGGACUCGCUCGGGGAGAGCAUCAGCCGCCUGACGGCUCCCACACCUCAGACCAUACGGCAGACUCUCCAAAGGACACUGCGGUAUUAUGAGCAUCAAGUUAUUGGUUACAGGGAUGCAGAAAAGAACUUUCACAAUAUAUCGAACAGAUGCUCCUAUACAGACUGCUCUGGCAACGAUGAAGCUGAAGAUGUCUCAGGAAUUCUCCAGUGUACAGCUAAUAUACUCGGUCUGAAGUUUGAGGAGAUGCAAGAAAAAUUUGGGGAGGAAUUCUUCAAUAUCUGCUUUGAUGAGAAUGAAAGAGUUCUUCGCGCUUUAGGUGGCACGUUGCAGGACUUCUUCAAUGGCUUUGAUGCUCUGCUGGAGCACAUUAGAACUUCAUUUGGAAGACUGGCCACUCUGGAAUCCCCCUCUUUCCGAUGCAAAGAGCUCCCCGAAGGCAACCUCAUGCUCCACUACUUUCACCCUCAUCAUAUUGUUGGAUUUGCAAUGAUGGGAAUGAUAAAGGCGGCAGCAAAGAAGAUCUACCGUUUGGAAGUGGAUGUGGAACAAGUCACAAAUGAUAAACUGUACGCAGAGGGGUCAAACCCAGGUAAUUGCAGCUGUCUUACUUUUGUUAUCAAAGAAUGUGAAAAUGCAAAUAUCACAAAAGCACUUCCACUCGGAUCAUCGCAGUCUCCCUCAGACCUGAGGAUAAGCAUCAGCACCUUCUGCAGAGCUUUCCCCUUCCAUCUGAUGUUUGAUCCAAACAUGCUGGUGCUCCAGCUUGGAGAAGGCCUUAGGAAGCAGCUCAAAUGUGACACUCACAAAACAUUGAAAUUCCAGGACUGCUUUGAGAUAGUUUCCCCGAAGGUCAGUGCCACAUUUGAACGAGUCCUUCUGAGAUUAUCAACGCCGUUUGUGAUUCGGACCAAACUUGAGGCUUCUGGCUCUGAAAAUAAAGAUAAGGUGAUGGAAGUCAAAGGACAAAUGAUCCAUGUGCCUGAGUCAAAUUCUAUUUUGUUUUUGGGUUCCCCUUGCGUGGACAAGCUGGAUGAACUGAUGGGCCGAGGCCUACAUCUUUCUGACAUACCUAUCCACGAUGCUACCCGUGACGUCAUAUUGGUUGGGGAGCAGGCAAAGGCCCAAGAUGGCUUGAAGAAACGAAUGGAUAAACUGAAGGCAACAUUAGAGCGAACACACCAAGCUCUGGAAGAGGAGAAAAAGAAGACAGUGGAUCUUCUUAUUUCUAUUUUCCCAGAAGAGGUGGCUCAACGGUUGUGGCAGGGGCAGCAAGUUCAGGCCAGGAAGUUUGAUGAUGUCACCAUGCUCUUCUCAGACAUUGUUGGCUUCACAGCUGUAUGCGCCCAGUGCACCCCCAUGCAGGUGAUCAGCAUGCUGAAUGAGCUGUACACUCGAUUUGACCAUCAGUGUGGAUUUCUGGAUAUCUAUAAGGUGGAAACAAUAGGUGAUGCAUACUGUGUUGCAGCGGGGCUCCAUAGGAAGAGCCUUAGUCAUGCAAAACCCAUUGCUUUGAUGGCUUUGAAGAUGAUGGAACUUUCAGAAGAGGUACUUACACCAGACGGAAGACCUAUUAAGAUGAGGAUAGGAAUUCAUUCAGGAUCAGUUCUGGCUGGAGUUGUUGGUGUGAGAAUGCCACGUUAUUGUCUCUUUGGAAACAACGUCACUCUGGCAAGCAAGUUUGAGUCAGGAAGUCAUCCGCGUCGCAUCAAUGUCAGUCCAACCACAUACCAGCUUUUGAAAAAGGAAGAAAACUUUACUUUUAUCCCUCGGUCCCGUGAAGAGCUUCCAGACAACUUUCCAAAGGAAAUCCCUGGGAUCUGUUACUUCCUGGAGGUCACAAGUGGUCAGAAGCCGCCAAAGCCCUCCAUUUCGUCUGCCAGAGUGAGAAAGGUUUCCUACAACAUUGGCACCAUGUUCCUUCGGGAGACAAGCCUAUGAGGCCUGCUGCAGAUCAAAGACUAGUCAAAAAAGCACAAGCCCAGAACUGGGUCAUGAGAGGAAAGUUGGAUAUUCUUUUUAUUUCACUGCCUUGUCCUGGACAAGCAGUAAAAGCUCUAUCUAAUGUCAGGCAAUAAUUAUUUUAAAAGGUGGGUGACUGCUGUCAGUAAACAAACUGGAAAGAGGGAGAAAAAAAUGAAAGAAAAUACUUCUAUUUCCAGAGGAAUUAUUGGUUGUAAAUUUCAAUUUGGCCCCUUAAAAAAAAUCUUUGGGGUUGAUUUUUGUUUUGAACAAAAGUGGGUGAUGGUUGUCUGGGUCAUUUGCACCAGCGAAGCAGAAUUGAGCAUCAGUUCUGAUUAUGCAUUCCUACAUUAAUAUAUCAUUCACCAAGGUAACAGUGUUUUUUAACUUUCUGAACAAACAUUUCAUACAUAUACUGUAGAGUGCUGUAACCUUCCUGGCAAGAGGAAUAUAUAAUUCAGCACAAUAUUGUAGGGAUUUUACCUAUUUUUAUACAUAUUUCACUUUCUUGACAAUUACAUUCCAUAUACUGUAAAAUGAGUGAGCUUUUCAGAAUAAGCUACUGUAUAUUUCAGAUAUUCUCUCUCUCUGUCAAAGCUUAUUAUUAUACAAGUGGCAAGACUUUUGACUUUUUGGCAACAAAAAUAUUAAGGAAAAAAAGAAAAAUACAUUGGUAAGUCUCUUUACAUGGCUUUUAUGGUUUAGAUGAACAUUGUCUUGCAUAUAUACUAUAAAAUGAUGUUCAGAUGUUCA